UUCCCCCAGCUGGAGCGAUAUCUGCGGGACACGACGACAGUUCCUAAACCCCUUGUGGAGCUCCACGUGAAGCUGCUCAGAAAACUGGGGAGGUCUGUGUCUACUGACCGCUGGGAGAAAUACCUGGCUAAGGUUUGCCAGGAGUUGAACAAUACCUGGGCAUGGGAACUGGAACAGAAGGGCUACCAGGAAAUGUCCAUGGAGUGCAAGUCAAGCAUCCUUAAAUAUCUCUGCGAGUGUCAGUUCGAUGACAACCUAAAGUUCAAGAUGGCGAUUAACGAGGAGGACCCGGAGAAGAUGCGUCUGCAGCCGAUAGGUCGGGACCAGCAGGGCCUGAUGUACUGGCUUCAGCUGGACCACGAGCAGAACAUCCGGCUGUACACGGAGGAGCAGGACGAUCUGGACGGAUCCACCUGGAAGUGUAUUGUCAGGACACGUAAUGACCUGGCUGAAGCUCUGGAGCUGCUGAAGUCACAAGUUGAACCGAACCCAAAUCAAGACCAGGACCCGAACCAAGCUGGCCCCGGGAGCCCCAGCCCCACAGGGCAAGAUGCAGGGGAUGAAGCCAUUGGAAGCACCAACCCCGAACCCUCCAAGACCACAGAGGAACACACUGACAGUAAAGCAGUUGAUGCUGUAAACAAAGAGAAACCCCUAAGACCAGUGGUGAAGCAGGAGCAGACACAGCCUGUUAAACAGGAAAACACUGAGGCUGAGCUGAAAGAGGAGAAGACUGACCACAGACCGCCUGCCUUUGAUAACCGCGUGAGCACGAUCACCACCAUCAUCAAAUCGGAAUCCAGAGAUGCUGAGGCCCCCAAGAACGCUGUGUCGGUCGUCAUGGCACCAGGUGCGACUGUGACAAAACAGGAAAUGAAGAAGGAAGAAGAAGCAGAGCGGGCAGUUGUCAGGAGCAGCCAGCAGGCCAAGAUACCACUGAAGAAGAGGGAGCUAAAGCUGGCAGAGAGCUACCACACCAACCACCUUAACAACAGCAGUAGUAUUAUUGUUUGCAACCCCUCAGUGAUCCAGACCAAGGACAGUCAUGGACGAGAGGGGAAGUUACCUGACUCCUUAGCGCCCCCUGGUGGUCAACCUGCCUCACAACAACAGCAGCAGCAGCAGCAGCAGCUAGUGGUCACUGCAUCCAGGCAAGAGCUGACCAACGGGAGAGCAUCUCUCCUCCUGCCGCACAAAGAGGGACAAAAUGGAGUCAUAGGUGUCAUAGGUCAAGUUGGUGUUGUAGGUCAUGUAGGGGUCAUCCGCAGCCCAUCUGAGCGUCACAGAGCUCCCGGUGCAGAGCAACAGGAACAAAAUGGGCCGAGUUUAGACCACCAGGGCUCCAGAGCUGUGGAGGAAGAGAGGGAAGUGAGCCGGCAGUCAGUGCUGGUAAGGAAGGGACCUGCUGAAGGGGACGCGGCAGCAGCAGCCGCCGCUGCCGCUCUUCUUCCUCAUGCAGCAAUGGAAGCUCAAACAGCCAGAAAAUUACUGUUAUCAGAGAGAAAAGUGGAUUCUGUUUGUGUUUCCUUGCUGUCUCAUUCCACAGAGGAACCCAAAAGACAGACGACAGAAGUCCAGGGUAAAAAAAUGACAGAGGAGCAGGUAGACAGGGGGACAAAAACACAUCAACAGAAAUGUGACAACGUGGAGGAGAGGGAGGAGAAGAUAAGAGAGGUGUCUGGGCACCCUGCAGCUGAGGAAGGAAGUAAAGAUGACCAUGAAAAGAGUAAAAGCACUUUAGGAAAGUUGGAUGCCGAGUCAGAGAGCACCAGUCCACCUCUGAACCAGAAGGAUAAAAAAGACCACCAGGGAGACGGAGUCAACGGUGGGUUGGCAGCCCCGAUUAGGGUGACGGGCACUGGGAUUGGAUCAGAGGAGAGGCAGGGUCCCCUAGAGGAGGCCUCCUCUGAGCUCCAGAAAGAAGGAAUCCGGUUAAAGAUCAAGAUUCCUCCCCACCGGAGAAACAAGUUAAGGGGGAAAGGAGUAAAGGAGGAGGACAAAGAGAGGGAGCAGGAGGUGCAGGAGGAAGGGAAGCCACUGAGGAGAUCUGCGAGGAUUUGCAGAUCAUCUGCUUUGCCAACCUGCAGGCCGAGCUCAAAGGCGGCUGAGAGCCAGAGAAAGAAACCGCAAAAGAAACAGGGUCUGUCUUCCAGAACGAGGGAGGAAGAGGAGGAGGACGACGAGGAGGAAGAAGAGGAAGAAGAUGAAGAGGAGCAGGACUCUCCUACAAAGAAAGACAGAAAAACAGAACCUGUUGGUCAAAUUAGAAAACAAAGGGGCAAACGGAGGCAUCGACGCGCCCGAUGGUCCAACAUUCGUUCGAAGAGACGCAAACUGAAUGAGGGAGGGGAGGUGGAGGACGGCGGGAGGAAGCGAGGAGAGGAGGAGAGCGAAGGAGGGAGCGACUCAGAAGAAACAUGUAAAUCAGAGGAACUUCCCAGUGAGGACGCCUGCAGUCACUGUGGCCUGCCCAACCACCCUGAACUGAUCCUGCUGUGUGACUCUUGUGAUAGUGGAUACCACACUGCCUGUCUGCGGCCGCCGCUCAUGUUGAUUCCAGAUGGAGAGUGGUUCUGUCCCCCCUGCCAACAUAAGCUGCUGUGUGAGAAACUGGAGGAGCAGCUGCAGAAUCUGGACAGUGCUCUGAAGAAAAGAGAGCGAGCAGAGAGGAGGAGGGAGCGGCUGGUGUACGUUGGGAUCAGUGUGGAGAACAUCAUCCCUGAAGGAGACGAGGAAGAAGAGGAGAAGUCUGCAAAGAAGAAAGAUUCCAAAAAGAGCAAAAAUCUGGGAAGGAGAUCGACCAGAACCAGGAAGCACAUCAGCUACAGGUUUGAUGACUUUGACGAUGCCAUCGAUGAGGCCAUAGAGGAGGACAUCGGGGACAUCUGUGGUGGCGCAGGCGCAGGCCAAGGCAAAGAAAUCACAGCCAUCCUGUCAGAGGACGGGAAGGAGAGCCAGCGGCCAAUCAGAAGCCAGCCCCGUUCUGCCAGAAACAGGAAGAAGCGGAGACUGAACGACCUGGAGAGUGACAGCACGGCAGCAGAGAGCGAAGACGAGUUCAUGCUCAGCAACAGCUCGGAGGAUGAGGAUUUCGCUGCAUCAGGGGCAGAGGAUGAGGAGGAGGAAGAUGAAGAUGCGGGCAGCGACGUGGGCAGCUUGGACAGUGGGACCCGCCCCAGACGGGCACCGAAAGGGGUACCUAAACACCGCCCAAGCAGGACCCAACGCAGGGGUAGAAAGCGGCUGAGACGGCGGCGGAGACGCUCCUCCGAGGAAGAGGAGGAAGACAGUGAAGAGGAAAUGGACUCGGAUCAGUUCAGUGACAUGACUGACAGCGACGCUGACAAAAAAAGGCGGGGCCUGAGGCGGGGCCAGCGCCAGCAGGUCAACUACCGCGAGACGUCUGAGUCAUCGGACAACUCCCGGACCUCCACCAACAGGAACAAGGUUAAAGCCCGCGGCAGACCACGCAAGGAGCGCUUCUCGAGUGACUACAGCGAUGUGUCGCCCUCUUCCAGAGACUCGGAUGAGGAAGAUUAUGAAGACGAAGAGGACGAUGGGCAGAGGAGGAGAGUGAACAGGAGGAGAAGAGAGGAGGAAGACCUCCGGAGAAACAGGACGAGAGACAAGCGGAGAAGAUACGAAGACAACGAAGAGGAUGACAGAGAGAGAGGCCGGCGGCUGAAAAGGAAGCUGUUGGAGAAGGAGAAGGACAGAGACAAGCGGAGGAGAUUGAGCAGGACAGACAGAGAAGAGGAGGAGGACCUGGAGAAGAUGGGCAGGGGGAAGAGGAGAGAGAUUCUGUUACAGCAGCGGCGCAAACGACUCGCCCAGAUGCUGAAGAAACGGCGGCCUUCGACGGACGAGGAGGAUGAAGAUGAGUCGGAUGAAUCGGAGUCAUCGUCAGAAGAGGAUCGUCCGAUCCGCAAAAGACUGAACCGCAUCGACUCCGACGAUGAUGAGGAGGAAGACGAGGAGGAAGAGGAAGCAAGACAGAAGAUGGCGACCAAAAAGUCUUCAGCGGGAGAGAGGCGGGCCGACAGCAAGAACGACAGCGACGCUCAGGAAAAGGGGAGGGGCCGUAGCCUGUCUCCGUCAAACGGACAUCGGACCUCCAGAGGCCCGGCGAAGCCCGGGGCUGGAGGUCCCACUGUGCCCAGGGACAGUGCAGGAUCAGGCAGACAGGGCAGGCACAAUGGCCCCUUACAUCCAGGGGAGGAGGAAGAGGAGGAGGAGGAGGAGGAGGAGGAAGAGGAGGAGGGCCAGACAGACUCUUUAAACUCUGUCCAGAACAGUCCGCAGUCAUGAUGGCUGUGUUUGUGUGAGUAACGCUCGCUUCUUCGUUUCAGUUUUUUUUGUUUAACUGUCAGGCCUUUUUACCCACAAACCACCACUGAAACUGGAUAUCUCUCUCCCUCCACCUCUUUCUCUCCCCCUUCUUACUCUCCUGUCUUGCUCUUCCUCCUCGCUGUUGUAUUGUGGUAGAGUGCUAUCCACCAUCACGUGCUGUACGUCACAACACAAACUCACGAGUACUCAUUCACACUCAUCGUCACCCUCCGGCAGAGCGAGCCGGACCGAACGCGACCUCACAGCGGGACCGGCAGCACUCACACACAGCCGGAGGUUGUCGCGACCAUUUCUCUGAACUCUUGAGUUACGGACGUUGAGAUGAUCGUACGUUCAUCCCAUUUUUGGACACAGGAAUCUGUUUGUAGUGUACCUCAUGCUAAAGCACAUCGUCAUUCUCAUAGCACUUAAUAACCCGCCACCAAGGCGAGUGUCAGUGUCAGACCGAACACUUUGGAUCAUGUGACCUGAUGGUUAGACAGACCAGACCUGAUCCCCAAAACAAAAACAGCAGUUUCUCACGUACCUGUAGUGGUAUCGACCCAUGCAGAUAGUUUUGUCUCUGAGUUUUCUGAGCAGUUAACAAAUACCAGAGUUUACACCAGUUGUGAUGUACAUUGUGAAAACUUUAUUUGACUUCUGACUUUAAUGCCCUGACCCUCUUCCGUAGUGACAUCGUUUAGGUCCUUUUUCAAUAAAGAACUGCAAAUAUUCUCUGGUUACAGCUUUUCAGUGGUGAGGAUUUGCUGCUUUUCUUUGUCUAAUGUGAUAAUAAUCUGAAUAUUUUUAGGUUUUAAAGUGUUGGUCCGUCAAAAAACUAAUUUGAUGACACCAUUUUGAGAUUUAAGAUAUUUCUGACGGCGUUUUUAAACUAUUUUCUGACAUUUUAUAGAACAGUUAAUUCACUAUUUAAGAAUAUAAUCAGCAGAUGAAAGAAUAAUGAGAAUAAUUAGCUGCAUUCCUAGUUAAUAUAUUCGUAUAACUGCCAGCACUUUGUGAUUGCUGCUAACAAGCAAAAAUGGUGGAGUUUGUAUCUGGCGUCCGUUAUUAACUGACACACGAGGACCGCCUGAACAAAUGUGGAAAACAUUUAAAAACUGACCACCAUGCAGUGUAUUAUGGGAUAUCAAAAAGGAUUCACCCCUUGUGUCCUAAAAUAGUCAAUUUUAACAUCUAAACACUGUUUUCCUGCACUGGGUUUCACCAGUUCUGUGUAAAGUUCUCUCCUAAAGUCGACACGAGAGGCUUGGUAACUAAAUUGGUUCCUUUCUUCUCGUGUAAUUAUUACGUUUUUACCAUCGACAUAUAAAAGAUAGACGCCUCUACUUCCUUCCAAUGUACGAGAAUGAAGCUGAAAUAUCCGGAUGCGGCCGCUGCCAUCGUACACUGGUGACGUGAAACCAAACUUAUCAGAAAAAGAAACACUCAGCGUGAUAAGAACCAUCUAAAAUGACAGAAUCUUUAUUUGACGUGUACUUUGUACGUUUAGCGACCCAUCUGCUAACAUGGAGGGGGCGAGGAUUAUGACCUGUACUGCAACCAGCCACCAGGGGGCGAUAUAGAUAUUAUGUCAUGUGGUCCAUUUUUAUAUGUUGAUGCUUUUCUAUUUUACUUUUUAGUUCUCUUUAACUUGUCUCUGUGGUGUAACUGCUUUUGUUUUAGUAAUGCAUAAAUCACAACUAUGGGAUUUUACGUUAUAACUGGGCGAAGUUUGAACUCACACACAGCUGGUGCAACAGUUCCCUGAACCGGUCGGAUCUUGUAGUAUCUUGAUCUUAAACUGAUCAGGAGGUCUCUGUGGACCAUUUUGGAUCCGGGUUACAUUCGGGACUUUCUCUCCGACAUCCAAAGUGUUCGGUUUCAGACUGCUCACUCAUUUUGUUCCACGAAGCCUUGACUUGUUGGGACCUCGUUUGCUGUACAUACUUUGCCUGUACGCUGUUCCUUGUAAGAUAAUAGAUGUUCUGUUCUCUUAGUCCUCUUGUAAAAUAUAGUGUUAUAUUUUCUAUAUGAAGGAGAGGAGGAGAGAUGCUGCUGUGAGCGAUGUGUGGAUCGAUAAGGUUUCAACAUCAACGGCGCGCUUGUUUUUGUUUGAGAUUCUGUGUGAAACAAGACCAGCAUGGAGCCCGUUCACCGGAGCUGGUUCAAGGCGCGCUCUCCGCCACCGAGUCGCACAUCUUUAAAGGUUUUUAACAUUUCGUAUCCCUGAAGGAGACAACAGGAGUUUUUAAGAAGGAAUAGAUUUAUUUUAUUUUUUCGAUUGAGGCUCAGGUGAAGAAAACUAACGCUGGUCACCAGUCAAACAAACUUUGUUUUUUUUUUUCUCUACCAACCAUCACUGUAGGGGUUUACACUGGUCUAAAACGGUUUCAUCUGGUGGAGAAGAAAAGUUUUUGUCGGACAGAAAGAAAGAAUUCCUUUAACUUCAUACAGUCAGAUCACUGUUCAGGCUUUAAAAGAGUUUCGUCCUGCUGUUCACACGAACCGAGCUGUUAGUGGGAGGAGGUGUUACUCCCCGUGUCUUUGAAUUCCUACUGAUUCCCCCAAAAGUUAGACUCAAAAGUUACUUACAGAUCUUUCUUUUUUUUAUUUCUUCGUGUCAGUAACGAGCAGGAUUUUGAGCUGAUGUCCGAACUCUGAGCCUGUAUUUGUCAAACUUCAGAGAAUUACACGUUUUAGUAAAAAGAUCUUCACUGAUAGUGAGCAAUGACACGGACUUAUAAUGCAGCUUAGUCGUACUUACAGCAGAGCGCAAGAAUAAGGUCAGAGCAGCUGCUUAGAAACUGCCAUACUGUCUUAAAACAAUCCUCCACAUUUUACUCACUGCUGUCUUUUUCUACAAAUAAUAUAAUCCUGAACAUCUGCAAUAGCAACUAACAACAAUAUACUAUAUUUUAGAAUAUAUAAAUACACACAUAGGGAAUAAUUCAUGGAAACAAAAUCAAUAUGAGAUUUAUUCUUGUUGUUUGAACAUUUGGUAAAUAUAAAAGAAUAGAAAGUCGUGUAACAACCCGUCAAAUGUUCAACGAUCGACAGAUUAAUCGAUAAUGAUGAUGGUUAGUUGCAGCCCUGCUUAGAGGAAGUGCUCUCUCAUCACGGAGGAUCUGCUCUAAACCAAGUUUUAAAAAAAAUCACGUUUAGUGGUUUGAUAAAUACGGGCCCGGAUCAGUCUGCAGCUCUGGUUGUGAUCUGAUGAGUCUGACACGGCAUGAGAGCAUCUUUUAAUGGUUCAAGAACAAAAAACUCAUUUCCACUACGAUUAUAUUUAAAUUGGCCCUCAUCCAAGUUACAAACACUUUACUCUUCAAUGUGAUCGACUCUGAAGCUUUUCAGGUGCAAGAAAGAAGUUUUGUUUUCAGAAAACAAAAUGCAGUUUUCAUUUCAGCAAUGUUUUUAUUUCCAUCCACUUUUCCACAGUAACAAACCGGUCGAAUUCCCUUUUUAAGAAGUGUUUUCUGUGCAGUGUUUUAGGGCCAAACUGCUCAAUUAAAAGUGCAUUUUCUUCACUUUUCAUCUGUGGAAAAUUGCCUGAUAAUAUAAAAUGAUCCUUGAAGGUCGACAUGUAACUGCGAACUGAAGAUGCACGUAAAGAGAAACUCAGAUAAGAAGGAGGUUUAUUUUUUCUACUUUCAUUCCAUUUUAAAAUUGAACUUUUUAGUGAGUCGGGCACUUUUACCGUUGCCUGUAUGUGCCGAUCUUAUCAUAAUCUGUAGAAGGUCAUAGAGACGUUUGUGUAGCCAUGUUGUUCACCAGUGAUCUUGUUUUUUUGUUUUUUUAGAUCAUGGUCUGAAACUUUGUUCAUGACAAAUGUUGUUCGACUGUAUCCUUUAUGGUCAUUUUGAAGAACAUACUUUAAUGAUUAAAAGACAAGAAAAUCGAGUCUCUACCAGUCAAACCUCAGAUUAUAUUCGUGGUUUAAAAAUCAGAAAAUGUUCAAAACCAGUUGAUUUGUGCAUAAAAUGUCAGCCUUAGAAGAAUCACUACUUUUGUUUGUUUGUUUGUGCAGAAGAACCUCUCAGUUUGCCAAAAGCAUCAAAUGAGAUUUAAUUGUUGUAUUGAUCGUUGGGAUUACUGCUACGUACUGGCCCUGCUCUCUCUCUCUCUCUCGCAGAUAAAUGUGGGUUUGUGGCAUUGACUAUAAAAAAGUAAAAAAGGCUGGAGUUUAAAUGUUCUUUCAGGUACUUUCCUGCCGUCGUUCAGGUGUUGUGGGACUCCAUUGUGGAUAAAAAAAACACCCGUUAGAUAGGAAUAAAAUGCUCUAUGGACAGGGUCUCGUUAGCUGGAAAAUCCCCUUAAUGGCAGCAUGUUGAUCAUCACAGCAUUGAUUUUAUAUCAUCUCAACUGGACUCUCAGAGGAUUUUCACUUGAGUCAAAUCCAAUGUGUAGUUUUCUCUCAUCAGGAUGGUGCAGCCCUCUUUAAGGCGAGAUGAACCACCCCGCCUGCAGUAAAAGGGAGAUUAAUGAGUCCAGAAUCAUUCCACUGAACCUGCUGAUGUGCGCCUGUGUUCGCCUCUGCGGCUGAAUCUGUUGGUUUUAAAAUGUUCAGUCCAACAAAUCUGGAUUCAAACAGGCACCACUGGAUGUGAGUGCAGCUCCUUCCAUUUCUCUGUUGUACUGUUACUGUAGUAUCGCUGUAACAUAAAUGUUUUCUAAGUUAUUAAAACCAACAUCCCAGGCAUCUCCUCAAAAA